UCAAACCCACUCCAUCCUCUGGCCACAAUGGGGGCCAGGACACCUUUGCCUUCUUUCUGGGUUUCUUUCUUUGCCGAGACAGGGAUUUUGUUCCCAGGAGGCAAUCCCUGGCCCAUGGGAUCUCAGCAUUCAAAGCAACAACACAGGAAACCUGGGCCCCUGAAACGGGGCCACCGAGGAGAUCGGAGAACAACCAAGAGGAAGUACUGGAAGGAAGGAAGGGAGAUCGCUCGUGUCUUAGAUGAUGAGGGCAGAAACCUGAGGCAGCAGAAGCUUGAUCGGCAGCGGGCCCUGCUGGAGCAGAAGCAGAAGAAGAAGCGCCAGGAGCCCCUGAUGGUGCAGGCCAAUGCAGAUGGGCGGCCCCGGAGCCGGCGGGCCCGGCAGUCGGAGGAGCAAGCCCCCCUGGUGGAGUCCUACCUCAGCAGCAGUGGCAGCACCAGCUACCAAGUUCAAGAGGCCGACUCACUCGCCAGUGUGCAGCUGGGAGCCACACGCCCAACAGCACCAGCUUCAGCCAAGAGAACCAAGGCAGCAGCCACAGCAGGGGGCCAGGGUGGCGCCGCUAGGAAGGAGAAGAAGGGAAAGCACAAAGGCACCAGCGGGCCAGCAACACUGGCAGAAGACAAGUCUGAGGCCCAAGGCCCAGUGCAAAUCCUGACUGUGGGCCAGUCAGACCACGCCCAGGACGCAGGGGAGACGGCAGCUGGUGGGGGCGAACGGCCCAGCGGGCAGGAUCUCCGUGCCACGAUGCAGAGGAAGGGCAUCUCCAGCAGCAUGAGCUUUGAAGAGGAUGAGGAGGAUGAGGAGAACAGCUCCAGCUCCUCCCAGCUAAAUAGUAACACCCGCCCCAGCUCUGCCACCAGCAGGAAGUCCGUCAGGGAGGCAGCCUCAGCCCCUAGCCCAACAGCUCCAGAGCAACCAGUGGAUGUCGAGGUCCAGGAUCUUGAGGAGUUUGCACUGAGGCCAGCCCCCCAGGGUAUCACCAUCAAAUGCCGCAUCACUCGGGACAAGAAAGGGAUGGACCGGGGCAUGUACCCCACUUACUUUCUGCACAUGGACCGUGAGGAUGGGAAGAAGGUGUUCCUCCUGGCGGGAAGGAAGAGAAAGAAGAGUAAAACUUCCAAUUACCUCAUCUCUGUGGACCCAACAGACUUGUCUCGAGGAGGGGACAGCUACAUCGGGAAGCUGCGGUCCAACUUGAUGGGCACCAAGUUCACUGUUUACGACAAUGGAGUCAACCCUCAGAAGGCCUCGUCCUCCACUUUGGAAAGUGGAACCUUACGUCAGGAGCUGGCAGCUGUAUGCUAUGAGACAAACGUCUUAGGCUUCAAGGGGCCUCGGAAGAUGAGCGUGAUUGUUCCAGGCAUGAACAUGGUUCAUGAGAGAGUCUCUAUCCGCCCCCGCAACGAGCAUGAGACGCUGCUAGCACGCUGGCAGAAUAAGAACACGGAGAGUAUCAUCGAGCUGCAAAACAAGACACCUGUCUGGAAUGAUGACACACAGUCCUAUGUACUCAACUUCCAUGGGCGCGUCACACAGGCCUCUGUGAAGAACUUCCAGAUCAUCCAUGGCAAUGACCCGGACUACAUCGUGAUGCAGUUUGGCCGGGUAGCAGAGGAUGUGUUCACCAUGGAUUACAACUACCCGCUGUGUGCGCUGCAGGCCUUUGCCAUUGCCCUGUCCAGCUUCGACAGCAAGCUGGCGUGUGAGUAGAGGCCUCUUCGUGCCCUUUGGGGUUGCCCAGCCUGGAGCGGAGCUUGCCUGCCUGCCUGUGGAGACAGCCCUGCCUACCCUCUGUAUAUAGGCCUUCUGCCAGAUGAAGCUUUGGCCCUCAGUGGGCUCCCUGGCCCAGCCAGCCGGGAACUGACUCCUUUGCCUCUGCUGCUGAGGCAGGGGGGGAGUAGUGGAGAGCGGAUGGGUGGGUGUGAAGGGAUGAAAAUAAUUCUUUCCGUGCCCCGAGAUCACACACUCCCACCCUUGGGGUAGUAGUGUGUCGUAGUCGUGCUUACCAAGCUGAAUAACCUCUUCAGCUGGGAAGGCCACAAGAGGCAUUAGAGGGCUGCUGUGGCCCAGUCAUCCGCUCAGGCAAGGAGUCAAAGGGCAUCGGGUACUUCAGCAGGUAGGGGCACAGUGUGUGUGUGUAUGUAUGAAGGCCACGUCAACUUUAUGUAGCAAAGGGCUUGGUGGCCAAGCCUGGCCCUUCAACAACUGCAGAAAGCCCUUCAACUAAAGAAGGCCUCACCCAACCCUCAGAGAAGUUGGGAGGGUGGUGGGAACAAGUAAGUGGCAGGACCCUGUCAGGAUUGCAGGUGCCUGGCUGGCUGUGGCUAUGGGAAUCAGCUGGUGGCUAGGGUUCUAGCGCAUUUGAUUUCUUCAGGUUUGCUGUGUCUCACAGAAGGCAGUAGGGACCCAGCUGUCUUAGUGGAGGGGCCCUGCAGGACACAAGCUCAGCAUGCAGAAGUGCAUGAACGGGAUCCCUGGAUCAGGGUUGUUCUGGGAGUUCUCUCAGCUGCCCCAGGAGCUCUCUGCUGAGCAGCCCAGCACAACCCCCAGGAAAUACAGAUGGGGUCCAGGUCACCAGCUGACUGCAUACCGCUAGGCAUGCCUGGGGAUCCUGCUGCCAGAGAACCAUUCUCAGGCCGUGGCAUGCUCCUUGAAGAAUUCUCUCUCUUUCUCUCUCUCUUGACCCAACUCUCUGUCUCUCUCGACCCAACUCUCUCUCUCUCUCUCUCUCUCUCUCUCUCGACCCAACUCUCUCACUGCUGUCAGGGAAUAUUUUAGAACCACAAGAGAUCAGCGGUGGCAGGACCCUUAGGGAUCUAGUACAACCUUGUUGCUUUAGGUGAAUCACACUCAGAAAACGGGGCUUGCCCUAGGUCACCUAGCUGGUUAAUAGCAGCAUUCAGAACUUCAAGUUCUCUUGAUUUCUUUGUUCCUAUUGUCCCCCAAGAAACUAGUAUCUCUGGCCUCCUGGGGCCCAUUCUGCAUGCCCUCCCCACUUCCCCUGAUUCCAGAGACUUAGAAACAACAGAGUUGAUACAUAAGAUUGAAACCAUUCCAGUAGGAAAUCAGGCAGUUUGCUGUUGAAAGUUGUCUGGCUUUUUGCUUGUGAGCGAAAAGCAGACACAGGACUGGCCUGUGUCUGGCCCCUCCGUGAGGGCUACUCAGCAGUAAGCAGGCCUUAGUAAGGCUGCCGCACACUUUCUGGUCUAGGUGAGAGUGCAUAAGGGUUCUGGGGGUGAGCCUGAUAACUCUGCUAUUUCUCCUUGGAUGGCACCAUCCACCCGGCAGGCUUGGGAACUCUAAGCUCAAGCUCUUGCUCAUUUGUCGUUUACCCUGGUGGAAGCUUCUUGCCCAGAUAGAGAUCUGAA